GUUUAAUGAAACCAGUACUGUGUGUGUGUAAAGAUUUAUAAAAAAAAAUGAACAAAUACUUUUAAUUUUAACUGUCGGCGUAUAUUUUAUUUUUAACAGUAGAAGUCUAGUGGUUUUAUUCAUUUUUUUAUUUUUCCAAAACAUAUAAGUGUGUAAACUGUAAAUCCAUUACUGAUUUUCAAACACGUUUAAAUAAAGCAUUUCUUAUAGGCGAACAGACACAACAAAUUUUUAUUUUGCAAAUUUGGCUUACCUACCAAUAUACCUACAGGUACGUAUCAACAACAAAGAUAACAACACGAUGGCAAUGGUAAUGAUCCAUUUCAUAACAAGCAAAAAUGGAUGAUAUAUUGUAAUAGUUUCAUAGCAUCGAUAGUCGGCAUCAUCCACUCAAACCAGACGGCAGACGGCUUCUUCGAUUUCAUAGCUCAAACUAAUAAAUUUCAUUAAGCAAAUAAGUCGUGUUUACAGUGUACUUUAAGAAAGAAUAAAUGUGCAUUUGAGGAGUAUUAACAAAUCUAUUUCAGGAUUACAAAUAGAUAAAAAAAAGUUAAAGAGCAUGGACCCGAAUAAGGAAAUAAACGACAAAAAUACCACUUCAAUUAAUGACGAAGAUGACGAUGAAUGGCAGAAAAUGGGUUUCGGAUCCAAAACAAAAUAUGUUUUCAAGAACAUCACAGUGGAACCACUCAUGGCGCUUUUUCAGGUAUCAUCUGUGUUAUCAAGUUUAACUACACAAAACUUGAACCUGUCAAAAGCGUGCCGAGUGAACUUGCAACUUAGUGAUGAUGUAUGUUACGGGUUGGAGAACAAAAAUAUGUCUUCCUAUCCAAGAGAAGAAGAGGAAGUACAACAUAUGGUAGCAGACAUGUUGAUUUGGCAAACCAUAAUACAGAGCAGUAUACCGUGUGUCUUGGUAAUUUUCAUUGGGUCGUGGAGCGACCGACAUCAAAAACGCAAACCCUGUAUGAUAAUACCAAUUCUAGGAGAGCUUGUCAGAAAUAUUGGAUUAUUAUUGUGCGUUUACUACUACUACCAGCUGCCGUUAGAAGUAGCGGGUCUCGUGGAAUCGAUACCAUCGGCCAUUGCUGGAGGAAUGACUGUUCUGUACUUAGCAGCGUUCUCCUAUGUCGGAGACGUGAGCACUAUGAAAAAUAGAACGCUCAGGGUUGGUUUGAUGAACUUAUUUUUCGGAGCUGCUUGGCCAAUCGGAGCAGCACUUUCUGGUAUUCUAUUCCAGCAACUUGGGUUUUACGGCGUAUACUACAUAUCCACGGCGCUAUAUCUGAUUAGCUUGAUUUACGGUAUUUUCCGCAUAAAGGAAAACCCGAAACGAAAAACGGAAACGGAACCAGUUCAAAUACUCACGGGUUGCACGGACCACAUUUCUGACUUUUUCAACAUAAACCAUAUCAGUGAAGCGUUUAAAGUGACGUUUAAAAGAGAACCUCACAUUAGAUGGCUUAAAAUUAUGAUGUUGAUGUUUGUUAUCGUGGUGGUUCAAGGUCCUAUGCAAGGAGAAACAGCGGUUGGAUAUUUGUAUACCCGAAUUAAAUUUAAUUGGAACGAAGUCGAUUACAGCGUGUUCUCUACAUUUUCAUUCAUGGCAAACAUAGCAGGUGUGGGAAUUGCACUGGGAAUAUUUAGCCAACUGUUCAAGAUGGACGAUUCGUUAAUUGGAAUUAUUGCCGUUACUAGCAAAGUGGUAUCAGGAUUCGUGUACGCAUUUGCGUCUACAGAGCUCAUGUUUUAUAUAGGAAGUUUGACUGAAAUGAUGGCUGGUUCAUCAUACAUUGUCGUGCGGUCUAUUUUAUCUAAAGUCGUUCCUCAAAAUGAACUUGGACAAGUGUCCGCAAUCAUAGCAGUCAUAGAAACAUUAGUGCCUGUAGUCUACAAACCAUUAUAUAGUGCCAUCUAUAAUACUACAUUGAACGUAUUCCCAGGAACUUUUUACAUUGUCGGUGCUAUAAUGCUCAUUCCAGCUAUUAUUAUCUAUAUAUGGAUGUAUCUAGUGAAUAGAAAAUCACAACGAGAAACUCAAGCUAUAGAGAGGAUAAAUAACGGUUAUAAACAUGACGAUUAAAAAUCCCCUGCGUCCCGUCUGGUUUUAGAUAACAGCUAAAGGCUAAAUUUUAAGUUUUAAUGUUUUUUUGACGUGUAAAACAAUUUUUAUAUCGUUUUUUUUUUUUUUUUAAGGGAUUUUGCAUAUACAAUUUAUUUUUACAAUAUUACCGUAUUUAUUUACAAUAACUUAUAAUUACGAUGAAAUGUAAAUAUUAGUAUUAGGAUAACCUUUGAUAUAGAUUAAGUUUUUAUAAAUGUAAAAAAUACUAAAAAAAAUAGAUCUUUUGUGUAUUUUAUAGAAUCUACUUUAUACUUGUUAAUUGUGCUUUUGAUUAUUAA